GGCCGGGACCGAGCUCCCCGCGCCCCCCCGGAGGCCAGCCGCGGCCGGAGGGCGGAGCGGGACUCGGCCCCUCCGCCCAGCAGCUCCGCGCACCCGGCGGCGGUGGCGGCGUGGGAUCGGGCGCCCGUGCAGCCUCCGAGUCGAUGGCCGGCAGCGACGCGAACGACCAGGGUCCCGCGCGGAGGGGCGGCGCGGCGAGGCGUCCGGGGGCCCCCGGAGGGCGGGGAAGCGAGGCUGCCGCCAGCUGCCAGGAGCCGCUGUCCACUGCUGAAGCGCCGGCCGAGGGCGCCGCGCUGCCCGCUUGGAUGCGCCUCUACUUCUACGGGAUGCACGGGGUCACCCUGGACGUGCUCCUGUCCGCGGCGCGGCGCUUCGCUCGCCGCCCAGACCUCCGGAUGCUGGGCUUCUCCUCGCCCUACCGCUGCCUCCUGCACUCGCUCACCCACUUGGCCCUGGAGAAAGUCUACUUGCAGCAGCGGCGCUGCCCCAGCGCCUUCGUCUUCAAUUUCCUCCUCUACCCCUCGGCCCACGUGGGGCUGCAGACCCUGGCUGGCGCGCUGCUCCGCCGGGUCGGCGGGCCGGGGGGCGCAGCGGCGCCGGGAGCGCUGGACUUGGCCGUGCAGUACGUGCUGGCUCUGUAUCACUGCCAAGUGUUCCUGAAGCGCUUCCUGCGCUUGCGGUACCAGCGGCGGCAACAGCUGCGGGGCGCGCCCCUCGCCCCUGCCGGCGCCCGGGCCCCAGCGACAGCCGGUGGUCGGCGGCGGCGACCUCGCGGUCCCAGGGGCGCCGGGAGAGCCCCCAACCAGGGGCUGCCGGGCCCGCUCCGCUUCCUUUUCUUCGGAAUGCACGGCUUUUUGGAUGAGAUCUUCUUCACCUUCUUCUUUAACCUGCUGGGGCCCGGGGACGGGACGAGCAGCGGCCACACGUCGCUCUGGUCCUUCUUUAUGUACGGCAGCUGUAGUUUUGCGGUGGAAAAGCUCUAUUUCCACCUCCACUACAGUCGGGGCUGGGGCGCCUGGAAGCGAGUACCCUUCUACGUGAUCUUCAUCUACGCGUGGGAGUUGUCCUGGGGCCUGGGACUCCGCACUUGGGGAGCCUGUUCCUGGGACUAUUCUCACUAUCCGCUCAAUUUCAUGGGCCUUAUCACGCUGAUGUAUUUACCUGGUUGGAUAUUCCUUAGUGUGUACCAGGACCUACUUUCCAACGUGUUGUGGCGGGUGCAAUACGUACCUACUAACUAAGACCAAAAAAAAAGGGCACUGGAUUGUCAUGAAUGAAGGCGAUUUAUUUUUACACAAUAAAACGGAGGGUUUUUUUUUUUUUUUUUUUUAGCCUUUUAAUUUUUAUACCUUUUACUAAACUUUUCCAACCUGUUUUAUUCGACAUUUUAGUUUUUCUAUUGGGAACGUAUGCAUAAUACUCUAAUACUUUGAAAUAUUGCUGGAAAUGUAACUCAAAGUACUUAACUCAUCAAUAUUUUAAAACCCUCACUAGUCCAAACAGCAAACCAUCAUACCUUAACAUCAGAAAGCUGUAGUAUUCACUUAUUUGCACUUAUUUGACGUAGGUGGGUGAUAGUUACUAAUUUUUUUUUAUUUUUUAAGUAAGGUAGUUCUUCAACUCAGAGACCAGUGAUUUUUACAAGAUUCGGGGAAGUUUUCUGAUUUAAUGAUUUGUUUACUUUCCUUUUAAUCCAAUGUCAUUUUAAUUUCCGGCCAUGUUUACCAGUGACUGCUGAAAUCCAGUGUCUUGUACUCCUGAAACUACAAUUAAUAGCUUUUAAAGUGCCUCUGUAUAGCACACAAAUGAAAAGAAGCUGACAAAUUUGAAAAGACACCCUAUGAAUCGAUUUUUAGAUAAGAAAUCUUUUCUAGCAACUCAGACAGGUAACACUGUGUUAAGAAACGACCUCCUUCCUGGAAAUGAUUGCUUUCCAAUGUGGAUUAACCUUAAACGCCAAAUGUGUUAACUUUAA